GACAUUCGAAUAAGAAUAAUAACAUGUCUGGACGUGGUAAAGGAGGAAAAGGACUUGGAAAAGGAGGCGCGAAGCGUCAUCGUAAAGUGUUGCGUGACAACAUCCAGGGUAUCACCAAACCAGCUAUCCGUCGUCUUGCUCGUCGUGGUGGUGUCAAGCGUAUUUCUGGUCUCAUAUAUGAGGAAACUCGUGGAGUAUUAAAGGUUUUUCUUGAGAAUGUCAUCCGUGAUGCUGUUACAUACACCGAGCAUGCCAAGAGGAAGACCGUCACCGCCAUGGAUGUCGUCUACGCCUUGAAGAGACAAGGCCGAACCCUCUACGGAUUCGGUGGAUAGCUUCAUCUAAAACGCAAAUCAAAAGGCUCUUUUCAGAGCCACCAUUUGAAACAAAAGAGAAAUACUGUAGCAUAUUUGUCUUGUGUGAUUUGUUGAUACUAAGAUUCUACAUCAUCCAUGCAUAAUUAUAAUUCCAUGUUUUAUGACUGCACCACAAUGACGACACAAUUCCGCAAUAGUAAAACGAUUACUGCAGCAUGAUACUUGUCACUACAUAUACAAAUGUUAUGGUCACGGCUACCAAAGCUUUUUUUUAAAAUUCUUUUUAAACUCAAAAACACACAAUACAGAAAAUUAAAUAAACAAAGUUUAAAAUAAUAUACAUUUCACAAGAUAUAAAUAAUUGAUCAAAAUUUUACAUUAAUGGCCUAAUUUGAAAUAGACUUUAUCUCGAUUAAAAAGCAACUACAGUUAGAAGCAAGGUAAGAAUAUUUCCAUUAGCAGUUAUAUUUCUAUGACUCGGCAAUGAAGAAUAACUAAAAAAUAAACAUGAAAAAUACAUUUUUUAACAUUCUCUUUUUUCAAAAUUGAACACUGGUUAAACCAUAGAGCAUUUAUUUGCUCUAUGGUUAAGCGUAUCUUUCUUUCUCACAUUUUCAAACUAAUGAUGUGAUAAAUAGAU